GCAUUGCGCGCGCAUACCCAGGGAAUAGCACAGCCUGUAUUCACUCUUUCUCUACCCGUAGUCGCAGUAGAAAGUCACCGCCCGACAUGUCUCUAGCACCAGCCGGGCCUCAACGCUGAGGACACGGACAACUCCGAGCAGGUCGAGCAGGCAUUCGCCGUCAAAGUCGUCCAGCACAUCGAGACAUACUGGAAGAUUCUCGAGAAAGUGCCCGGCUCGAAGCUGCGCCUGACUAAAUUCGACGAUGAAAUCUACGAGCACUUCAAGAAGGAAUUCCCAGACUUUGACCCCAAGGCGACAAUAGAUGAGGACGAGAUGAAGAGCAAAGAGGGCAAAGAGAAGUGGCGCAACUUCAUCAACGUCUACGAGAAGAAGAUCGACGACUACAACUUCGGCACUGUCAUCCGGACAAAUCCCAAGUUCGAGUACGGCCAGGACGAGACCAUUUUCGCAGUGCGCAUGCAGUUCUACGCUAUCGAAAUUGUCCGUAACCGCGAGGGCCUCAACGACUGGAUCCACGAGAAGGCGAAGGCGGAGAGCAAAUAAGAACCUGAAAUUAUCUUUGAGAGAGAUAUCACCUGCCAAAUCUUC